GUUGGCGGAAGGGCUGAGGUCUUAGCUAGCUUAUAUUCCCUUGUCACCAGCCGUUAUGAUCAGUGUCGAGCCCUUCCAUCUCACGAAUCUUCUUUAUCCCAUACCAGACUUGCCUUAAUCACUACAUAAUGAGGCGCAUGCUAUUCUCAUUGCUGCUUCAACUUGAAGUUUUCUCUAUAGCUUCGGCCGCAAAGUUCCUUCUCCCUCCUAUCGCUACCCGAGCUGAAGAUGGUGCUAUCGCAAGGACACAGCAACCACAGCCGACAACGGCUCCAGAGUACUUCGUGUCUACGGAACUACUAAAGCGCGAUGGCUACACCAUGGGCCAUGAUACCUGUGGAUUUGGUUCUCUUAAUACCGCCGCUACGUACCAAUGUUAUUCGAGUGUCGGAACAUGCGAAAAUAUCGGAAGUUAUAGAGGAUGUUGUACGGGAGGUCUGAAAGCAUGCUCCUCGACGUUCUGGACCCAAUGCGACGACUAUGACUCGAUGGGUAGUUGUGGCCUUAAGACGCGUUGUUGUGGAUCGAUAGCACCUUAUUGCAUCAGCUGGCUCUUUUCCACGAGCGGAUCGACACUUACCGCAUUUGACUGCGACUAUCAAAGCAUGACUCGCACUUUCGAGCUACUAGCAACACCCCUGAGCCUACUCGACAGUACUACGUCAACCACCGAUAAUUCAGAUACUUCACUAUCGAGUACAUCCUCCACACAGGAUGGUACCUCGUCGCCUUCAACAACAGGUGGCUCGACAUCCACGGUCUCCGGAUCAUCAGCUACUACAUCAGCUUCCGAAACCCCUGAGCUAGCCUCGUCGAAUGGUUCUUCUAGCACUCCUGUUGGGGCUAUCGUUGGUGGUGUAGUGGGCGGCGUCGCUGUCAUUGGUUUGAUAGUACUCGGUGUCCUAUUCAUUAGGAAGUAUCAGAGGGGAGCUUCCAACGCGACAUCGCCGCCACCUGCACCUUCUGGGCCUCAAGAACUUCCAGGUGCUGGGGUAUACUCUAAUACAUCUCAAGGAUACGAAGGUCACGCAGCACAAUUCGCCGUCUCGGGGAAACCGAAAACGGAAAUGCCCAUGGCACAUACCUCGCCGAUUGUCGAGGCGCCCACUACACCCGCUACCGGAACUAACCAUAAUCGAGCCGAGUUGGCGGGAUGUGUCGAGGUCCAUCGUUAUGAGAUAUAUAGUGCAAGAAGAAAUAAUAGCUAAUAUCUAGACGCGGAAGUAUCGAGCUCGUAAUAACGAAGGCCUGCUGGGUGUGGAUCUAUAAGCUACGGAAAACGGUUGUACUAUCGACCAUGCCGUUAGUAGCUACCUAGGUAGCCAGUAGCAGUAUUAAUAUUAUGCAUAGGAAUGAAAUGUCUCGUAUUAAAUGAUAGCUAAGAUGAACCGGACUUCAGUCAUUUGGGUGCACGUAGAGAUGGACAUA